AUGUCGACGGCUGACUCGACGAACGAAAAGUUCAACAAGGAAGAAUACAUCGAAGAUGCUGGAAUGCUCGUCAGUCAGGAUCGUUCCUACAAUCUGUUGAAAGUCGAACACGAAAAGUGCAAACAAGAGAUUUACGAUUUAAAACGAAAACUUCGAUUGAACGAAGCGAUGCUACGCGACGUUAACGAAGCGAACGAGUCGCUCGAGCGUUUGUUCAACCAACGAAUUUCCGAGAGUGAACAGCUCAUGUGCCAAGUGAAAGAAAAGCAUCGCACCCUCGUGAAAGAAUACGAGGACACCAUUUCAAAUUUGGAAACGAAAUCAGCCCAACAAACGAGAGACAUCGAAGAAUUACGACGACAACGAGCGGAUCAAUGCGUCAACGCUCAAGUUACUCGAGACCCUGUUACCGUAAAUUCUUCCCACGCGGACGAUGAUACCUCCACGUUGAGGAAUCGCAUCGAUGAACUUUUAUCGAUUCAGCAAGAAGAGAGAAAGAAGUACGAACACGCGGAGCGAUCGAUCGCGGAAUUGAAAUCUCGAUGCGAGCAUGACGAACGUUGCAUUCAAGGUAUGAGAGAACAACUGGACGAGAAGGAUCAAACUUUGGAAGAAAUACGCGCGCAAGUUGCUUUAAAACGCGCAGAGGUGGAAUCACUUCGGACAGCAGAUCCUACCCGUGAAUCGUGCAAAGAUCGGCGGCAGAACGUGGUAAACAAAAUGAACGCAUUACGUGAAAAAUACGCGGAACUGAAACGCACGUGCAAGUCCCAAAUUACAGAGAUCAAAUCACUGAGGACAGAUCGGGCUGCGACACUUAGAAAAUUGGAGAACGACGCGCAUUGUACGCUGACGGAAAACGAGGAAUUAAUUCAAAAGUACAAGAGUAGAAUAUCGGAUCUUGAAAACAAAUUAAAGUGCGAGAUCAGGAGAAACAGCGAUUCGAAACAAUCGAAUCUCGGCGAUGCAUCUUUUAGGUACAAAAAAGAAACGGCCGAACUUCGUCUAAAAGUUGAAGAUCUUUGUACAAAACUUUUGCUACAGGAAGAAACGAGAACAAACAUCACCAAGCAAUUGCACUAUUGGCGUUACAAGGCUUCCUCGUUGGAG